AUGGCGAAAGAACUCGGAAUUAAGAAGGGAAGCAGACUUGGCAGCUGCCAUGUGGUCGAGGAUAUUCUCGGAGAGGGCAGCUUUGGCAUUGUAGCCAAGUGCCGUAAUACAGAAACCACCAAGAUAGAAGCGGUUAAAGUUAACAAAAGUGAAGAAGGUGUUCUGGAAGUGGCGAUGGAUGAAAUAGCCAUCCUGAAACGGCUGCGGCGUUUGAACCCAGACACGUGCAACAUCGUACAGUGCAAUGGAUUUUUCUUUCACAAGGAGAACAUAUGCAUAAGCUUUGAACUCCUUGAUCUCAGCCUUCAGGAUUACCUGCAAGAGAAAAACCCCAGAGGUCUAACCACUAGAGAGCUGAGGCCUAUACUGCACCAACUGGCCACAGCACUGUCUCACCUACACUCCCGCGGCAUUAUACAUGCCGAUUUAAAACCGCCCAAUGUCAUGGUUGUAAACCGCCAUGAGCAGCCACUGAAGGUCAAACUUAUUGACUUUGGUCUGGCAUGUCUCGUGUCAGCGGUAGACCAAGGUGACUGGAUGGGCACCCUCCAUUAUAGUGCACCAGAACUGCUACUUGGACUACCAUUCAAUGAGUCAGUUGAUAUGUGGGCUCUGGGAGUACUGAUGGUGGAGCUGGCCACUGGGUGCCCACUCUACCCUGGAAAAACAGACUAUGAUGUCCUCAGAUUCAUCUUUGAAACGCAAGGCCAACCAUGUGAUGACGUCCUUGACCGUGGAUGUUACACUCCUGAUUUUUUCUUCAGCCAGGAGUUCGGCACAUCACGCUGGAGAUUCAAGACUCCAGCGGAGUAUCAGCAUGGAUUUUGUGCGUCAGAGACAAGGAGCAUGAAACUCAAUUCUCUUAAUGACAUUAAGAAGAAUAUGGUGCAAGACCCGGGAUACGAAGAGGAUCAAAAGAUCUUCGUCAGCUUGAUUAAAAGUAUGCUGUCCCUUGAUGCAGGCAGAAGGAUCACAGCUGAAGAGGUUCUGAAGCAUCACUUCUUUGCUCCCAGCCUCCAUCAGAACUCAACAGACUUCAAUGCCCGAAGUCCGGUUCCACCUCUGUCUGCUGCAUCAUGGGAAGAAUGCGUGGACAAUAACCAUCAAAAUCCAGCUUCCUGGCAGUCGGCUGCAUCGUGGGAAGAACGCGUCGACUUCAACCACCAAAAUCCAGCUUCCUGGCAGUCGGCUGCAUCAUGGGAAGACCACGUGGACAUUAACCACCAAAGUCCAGCUUCCUGGGAGUCUGCAGCGUCAUGGGAAGAACGCAUUGACAUUAAUGACCGAAGUCCUGAGCCAUCCCUAUGUGCUACAUCAUGGGAAGAGCACGGAGACGUCAUUGACCAAAGUCUGGCUCCUUUUCAGUCUGCUUCAUCAUGGCAACAUCGCGUAGACCUAAACGACCAAAGUCCAGCUCCAUGCCAGUCUGCUGGAGAAGUCUGUAUCGAGAUUCCACAUGAAACCAACACAGACAACAUCGGCUGGUUCAGACGUAUUAUUAGGGGGAUUAUGAGGGCCUUCCACACUUACAUCUACUAG